GCCUGGCUGGCGGCUCCUGCGGGGACCAGCCUGCGCUGGAAGCAUCCCCUCCGGGCAACCUCCCGCCUCGGCUAGGCCGGAGAGACGCGGGAGGCGAGGCUGCUGGUGCGCCCCCCGCUGCGGCUGGGCCUCCUCCUCGAUGCGCGGGGGCAGGAGGGCGCGGAGGAGGAGGUGGCGGCAGCAGCUGCAGCUGCGUCUGCCUGCGCGCUCCGGGGAGCCCUGAGCCGCGGCGCUGCUCUGCUUGGCGGCGUCCUCGCCAGCCGCCCGCCCGCCCCGUGUGCAGCUGCGGAGGCGCCUUCCCCCUCCCCACCCGCCCCAGGCCCCUUUCUCCCCCCUCCAGCCCUCCCUCCCAUUCUGCCCCCUUCCCAACGGCAAGUAAAGUGUCUUCAUGAACCCCGAGGAUGUCCGGGAAGCACUACAAGGGCCCUGAAGUCAGUUGUUGCAUCAAAUAUUUCAUAUUUGGCUUCAAUGUCAUUUUCUGGUUUCUGGGCAUAGCAUUUCUUGGAAUUGGACUAUGGGCCUGGAAUGAAAAAGGAGUGUUAUCCAACAUCUCCUCCAUCACGGACUUGGGAGGCUUUGAUCCAGUUUGGCUGUUUGUUGUGGUGGGAGGAGUUAUGUUCAUCUUGGGCUUUGCAGGAUGCAUUGGAGCACUGCGAGAGAACACCUUUCUUCUCAAGUUCUUCUCAGUAUUCCUGGGAAUCAUCUUCUUCCUGGAGCUCACAGCUGGUGUUCUGGCCUUUGUCUUCAAAGACUGGAUCAAAGACCAGCUGUAUUUCUUUAUCAACAACAACAUCCGAGCAUACAGAGAUGACAUUGAUUUGCAAAACCUCAUAGACUUUACUCAAGAAUAUUGGCAAUGUUGUGGGGCUUUUCAAGCGGAUGACUGGAACCUCAACAUCUACUUCAACUGCACAGACUCCAAUGCCAGCCGAGAGCGCUGCGGGGUGCCCUUUUCUUGCUGCACUAAAGAUCCUGCUGAAGAUGUCAUUAAUACUCAAUGUGGCUAUGAUGCCAGGCAAAAACCGGAAGUUGACCAACAGAUUGUUAUCUACACAAAAGGUUGCGUCCCCCAGUUUGAGAAAUGGCUGCAGGAAAACCUUACUAUAGUAGCUGGCAUAUUCAUUGGCAUUGCAUUACUGCAGAUAUUUGGGAUAUGCCUGGCUCAGAACCUGGUUAGUGAUAUAGAAGCUGUCAGAGCCAGUUGGUGAACUUGCUGACAGAAGUGGCGCAAUACACUGGACCAUCUGAGCCCUCAAAACCUCCAGUUGGUGGGCCCAUUGGUCACCAGGCAGCGUUGAGAUGAGUGACAAGGAAGCCCAAGUAAUCCCAGGUUGUUGUAACUGCAUUGGGCCCUUGUUUUUUCCAAGGGGAACAGCUACAGCCACCAGCUUACUGACAAAACCUUCUCAAAUCUCCAGUUUGAAAUUUGUUGAGCCGUGAAUCUCUACUGUAUCCUUGACUUGAGUCCCAGGUGGAAGCUCCUUCUUCCUUUCUGUGGUAAAUGGUCUGUGUUGAUGGGCCCUCAACCGCUGCUGCUGCGUAGUUUAGUGGGUUUGCUGUUUGCCCUCCAAGACACAAGCUUGUCCGUAGCUGCCAACGACAAGGCAAUUUUCUUCUUCACUGAGCACCAAGGAAUGGUGUGUUUUCAGCAGACAAAGAGGCUCCAAAGCCCUUCUGGAAAGAAACCCAUCAAACAGAAAACCACUUUCGACUUCUUGGCUGGUUCGCUUGAAAGCAAGAAAUAAUCACACUUCCUCCAGAGCGUCAAGAUCUGCUCUGCGUUGCCCUCUGUUGGGGACCAAGAACUUUAUUUCUCAUCCUCUUGAAACCUUUUGCUAGAAAAGACAAAUGAAUGUGAGGUUUGAAGGCAAUAAACUUUGAUAAAAGGUGGUUACGGUCACUCGUUAUCAUUUUUAACAGGUGGCAGUGUAUAAAGAGUAUGAAUGGUGAGGUUUUGGACCAACUUCGUAAUAAAGAGAAUGAGAAAUAUGGUGAAUUUAAAAGAAAAUAAAUCACAGUAUACCAAAUUUUAUGGGUAAACCUAUGGAUUCUGUGAAAGUAAAUUUAUUUGGAAUAGUCUUUGGUCUCUCAUUGUGGUGGUAGACGUUGAAACAUUUGGACAAAUGUAUAAUUAUAUGGCUGUCUGAAUCCUCCUUAGGUGGAACUUCUGUCUCCCUUUUCUUGCAUGUGAUUGCUAUCAUCUUGGGAUCUGUUCUGUGAGACUUCUUUUUUUGUAUCUGUGUUUUUGAAUAGGCCUCCAGUUCUAACUUGCUUAUUUAUUUGAGUAUAAGUGGAUGCAAUGACAAACCAUUCACAUCCCCUCAUUUUGUAAGGACUGAGAUAUGGCUUCUGUUCAGUUAGCCCCACAGAUACAUUUGCAUCUAAUAAAAAAUUCUUUGUCUCUUCUUGAUCAAAACUAGUAAUGCUUUAACAUAAUUUUUUUAAAAAAAUGAAGUAGUGAUUAGAUAUUUGCAGGCCAAGUUUCGAAGUUGAAAAUAGAAUUUGGGAGGAAGCAAAAUUCUGCAGAAAGAAUUAAAUAGAAACUCCCUCUAGGACUGCGAAAGAGAUUUCUCUGAGGUAACGAAACUGUUCUAGGUGGAUGUGCAUAAAACCUGGGUUAUAGCUGUUUGUGUAAAACUUGUAUUUUAAAUAGCAAUGCAAAACACUAAAUUGAUGGUGCCUUUGGUGUGAGUAUUGAAUUUAGUUUUUAUCAAGAAUAUACAGUGGGGCCUGAAUCUUUGUGUUUCAAGAAAUGCAGUCAGGUUCUUUUGUGUACAUGACCGGACUUAUUACGAGUGUCUUAAUGAACAUGGAGAGGACGUUAGAAUCAACAAAUUUCUAGAUACUAGUUAUGUGCAUGCUCUGACCUGGAUAGUCCAGGCAAGCUUGAUCUGGUACGCUAAGCAGGGUUGUCCUUGGUUAGUAAUUGGAUGGGAGACCUCCAGUGAAGACCAGGGUUGCAGAGGCAGGCAGUGGAAAAUCACUUCUGUUAGUCUCUUGCUUUGAAAGUCCCAGCAGGAGUUGCUGUAAGUCAGCUAUGACUUGGCAGCGCUUUCCACCACGAGUUAUAUGCAUAGCUGUUUGAAAACCCGAACUUGAAAAAGAAAAUUGAAGUAUAUUCAGGAUGAAGAGGCUCUCUGAAAAACUCCUCUUACUUUAGUGGACUAUUGUUGGCCUGAACUUGUGGGAGGCUGGCAUUUUGUCCUGUUUUAAAAAAACAAGUUUUCCAACUUCCCCUUGGUGUUAUCUCAUUCAUAACAGAUUCCACUUUAUCUAUUUGGCUGAAAAUUGUACAUUGCCCCUUGCUCUCUGAUGUGAAUUUUUGGAAGUCAACUGCAAUGAUUCUACAAGGAUGUUAUAAAGAAUUUCUGCUUGACUUUGUAGAUCAGUGAGCAUGUCUUCUGUUAGCUUGGGCAGGUGAUGGUGGAAAGCGCCGUUAUUGCAGCUGACUUAUGGUAACCCCGUAGGGUUUUCAAGACAAAGAGAUUAACAGAGGUGAUUUGCCAUUGCCUGCUUCUAGUCUUCCUUGUGGUCCCCCUUCCAAGUACUAAACAGGGCCAAUCCUGCUUAGCUUCCAAGAUUUGACAAGAUCUGGCUAGCUUGGGGUAUCCAAGUCAGGCAGCUUGGGUAGGACAGUUCAAAAUAUCAGGACACAACUUUUUGCCUCUGUAUGGCAAAAUAAAAUAUGAGGUAUGGGGAACAUAGUAACAUUCUGAAACGGCUUCCAGGUUUUACAAGAUUGGAAUCUACAGAUUCUAGAAAUAGGGCCAAAUGUCCACAAUCCCAGCAUAUCAAGUGCAUCCAAUGAAAAUACUGACUAAAUAUUCCUCCUUGAUUCUGCUGCUACUUUUAGUUUCUAUGGGGAAAAUAUCCAUUGUUGUGCUUUAUGCUUCCACAGCUUUGUUGUGACCCAUGCUUUUCUUGUUACUACUUUUAUAGUUGUCAAGUGUGAGAUAAUAUGCAUGUUUGAAAUGACAGGGGGAGAGUUUCCACAUGGCAACUGUGUUCUGUCGCUGUGUCAUAGUAAAGCUUUCUUGUUGCUGUGCCACCACCAUGUGGUGAAGUUUAUUGUUGUUAUCCUUUGGGCAAAUGCCUGGUGCUGGCGUGUUUUGUUGGACCCCGAUAAUAGGAUACAACAAACACUUAAGGUGGUCACUGUUCCCCUAGAACCUCAGAAUUGUCCUAUUUCCUGCACAGUGUGAGGGUGUGUUCCCUAGGCUGAGAAUGAAAUUAAGAACUAACAAUUUUAAAACUCUCCUUACUGAAUGUAGAUAGCCCAUAAACAUGCAUUUCCUGAUUGUUUCCUUGUGUUUUUCUUCUAUCUUUAUAAACCCCAGCCUCUAUGGUAUUCAGUUGUCUAAGACUAUGAACCUGGCAUUUACCUCUAAAUGUAGAGAAUUAUUCAGAAGAUUUUCCAGUUAGCUUCUCUAUGGCUCCUACAAAUUCAAACGAACAUUGUUCAGAUGUACACUAUCCCUAGAGGGUUGGAUCCCAUGAACUGAUGGAGUUCACAGAAAAUACAUUGCCCACCCCUUCCUUCUCCCUUUCCCCACCUGGUGUUAUGUGAAAACCAGGGAGUAGUGGUUUGAAGGAUGGGAUGUGGGGGUCUGCAGUUUGAAGGGGAUAUGCAGAAAUCAUUCCUCCCAGACCCUCUCUCUUGGAAAAACCGUUUCCCCAUCUAUAGAAGAGUUCAUCCAGGUAAGUGUACAUGAGAAUGAGAUUUCUGCUCUUUCCCCCUCAAAUGUCUGGCCCUCCCAAUUCAUCCCAUUUUGUUCCUUCAGGAUCACUUCUUCAUCAGUCUGCCAGGGGAGUUUAUAAAGAUACAAUCCACUGAUCACGAGAGUUCGUAACAAAAUUCACUUGCUAAUUUUUCUCUGGCUGUGAAACUUGAGUCUGACGUUCUCUGGCAUUGGUUACAGUGGGCAGUUCCUGAAUGUAGGGACUGCGUUUUUAAAGUUUACUUCUUAAAAAUAAACUACCCGGGAACACUCCUGGACGUCUUUUUUCACGUUCGUUUUUAGAAGAUGCAGGAACACCUUUAAGGGUAACCAGGGGAAGGUCAGUGGAUAUAAGCUUGUAUGUGAGAAGAAACCUGUAAACUUCAUCUCAGACUGCAUGUCUGGGUUCUUGGUACAUCAAUUGAUUUUCAAAUUGACUUAUCCUUCUAAUCAAUUGAAGUUGAUUUAUCCUUCUAGGAAAAGGAUACUUUCAACCAGGAUUUAAUGCUGGCGUAUCUGAACAGGGAAGGCAGAAUAAGUCAACUGAAAAGCUGUGAACUCCAUUGCAGCAUGCAAGACGCAUCAUUGUUCUUUCUAAAGGACUGCUUCUGCCUUGAUUUCUUGUACACUUUUUAAGGGAGGAGAAUUUCAAGAAAGACCAAGGAGAAAAAUUCUGAAGUCCAGCAGAAGGGCAAAUUUUUCGACGCCUGCUGGAGAAGAAAGGAUUUUUUGAGCUUAGCAUAACCUGAAUUCUUUAGGUUUGAGCCAAACUGCACCUGACACCGGGGAUCUGUGAUUGGAUCCCCCGCAUAUAACAUCCUCAAAACAAGCCCUGUUCAAAACCUUCAGCCCUAGUAGGGGUAGUGUUGCACCUGUCUCUUUUCACUUUUGUGGCCAAAAACAACCAGGGGGAUAGUUUUGAUCAGGGAAGUGGCGGGAAGGGAAGAGUUAAAGUCUCCCCACCCCGAGUGCCACAUUCUGGAUCCCUAUUCAAGCCCCUUUUCCCAGUGCAGCUGCUCUUCUGAUGCAGUUUCACAACAUUAGGCGUCUUCACCCUUCAGGGUCCAACUUACUUAGCCUGGCUGUGGAGUGCCAGAGGAUCUUUUCUCGCAUUGUUAGUCCCCGCAUUGUUAGGGCAACAUUUAUAUUGUGCAGUCCAUUACACAUUUGCUUCUUUGACCAGUUAGUUAAUUUGGGCAAAUGAAUUAACAAUGAAAUCUUAUACAGAGUUAACUCCAGCCACUCACUCCCACUCGAAUACUUCUUCAUAGGACUGCACUGGGAGAGAGAGGUUUAGCGCUUCGCUAUUGUUAAAGAUCCUCAUAAUGUCUAGAAAUAGAGUUCUCCAUUUUAACCGACCUUCUCUGUUCCACACCUCCCAGUUCCUGUUCUAACUAGUCCUAUGGAAACCUUUGAUGCUCUUUUGAAUCCUUUACAGUAAGAUGCUAUACUUUUGUUGUGAAAUCAAGACUUGGAACCUCUUAAAGCCAGGUUCCAUCUAGAGUGUAAAUAAUCUUUGUAAUGUACAUAAUGACGUGCCAGCGAACUGAUCCUUGGACAGGAUUGUGAAUCAUCAUAAAUGUAUAUUUAUAUUGAGAAGGGAUGUACAAUGUGGAUUUGCCUGUUUAUUUUAAAACAUAAAGAGCUUUAUGUGUCUAUUGUUUCGAGCCUGGAAUGCUUUAAGAGUCUGCCAUCCAGAGACUACCAGGCAGAACUGCAGCUUAACAAAACUAAGAAAACUGCGCAGAUUUAAUUUGUUCCUUCAGGAACUGUUUCUAAACUCUUCCUUCUGCCUGCUUUGUUGCAGCUUCAUCUACUAAUUCUAGCUCCAUAUUGUCCUGAUAAUGAGCCUGUCUCUCUCUGGUCUCACAUACCAAAGCCAAGAGACUGCAGAAUAUUAUAGUAUGCUCUCCUGCCUGCUUUUGGGCUAAAUGUUAAGUGUAUUUGUAGCUGGGCUUCGGCUGGCCUAUAGUCACCGUGUUCUCUCCCUCAGUUUUCUCAGUGCCAUGCUCAUGUGUUGCACAGGAGAGGAAUCCUGGAAAAACUAUGUAAAAUAGAGCUGGGGGCUGCCGGUUAUGUAUGUGCUUUUAAAAUGGCCCCUGUAUAUUUCAUAAGAGCGCCACAAACAAAAAUGAAGCUGCUGAAGCUCAUGUGUGAAAGCACGAGAGCAUGGCUGGUAAUUACAGUGAAGACCUGAUGGACCUUGUGUGGUUCUGUGAUAUGGUCCCUUCCACUGUGCAGAAGGGCAGAGGGUAGGUGCAGGUUCAUUUGAGGGCACACGUUGUUCGAGGACAGGCGUGCAGUCCCUACUGGAAACUCCCGCAGCCUACUUAAUGAUGGAGUCCUAUUAUUUCAGUGUACACACACUGUCUUGAGUUCUGUUUUCUCCAGCUCUUUAAAGCCCACCUCAUUGAAACUUUUAAGCUAUAGUUAGAAUGGUAAAUUACAUGAAGUAUGAUUACAGUAUAUGUGUAUGAGAAUAACUCUGUCUUCCUGCCCAAGGGUAUGUUUACACACAGCUCCUGCGUGUUUUUUUUCUGCUAGAGGCAAGGGUGGGAAGGAAGAGCCUUUCAGCAGUGGGGGUUCCAUUUAAACUGAGAAUUGCCUUUACUACUUCUCAUUUGUGAUGUACAAACGUCAGCUGUUAGUGAGGGAGUUUGAAGGAAUGAUGGGCAACCUACUUCCUUUCAAGGUCAAUUUGGAUUGGGACCAGGAAUUACCAGGGGGAAAAAAUGCUCGAGAGAAGAUUCCCCCCCCCCCAAUUGCCUCACAAUUGCCAGUUCCAAUUUGAAAGUCACCCCCUCUGUUCCCUUACCUGGCGGCUCCUGUUGGUGCUCAACCUGUUCUCCACUGUGACAGCGGUGGCUGUUUGUGCUCUGGAGGCCACCAUUCUAUUUCCCCCUCACUGCAUCCUCUUGCUCUGUCUCUCUCUUCCACCUCCUCCCCUUCCAAAUCUUAAAAUGCUGCUGUAUCUACAUUUUCAACGACUAGUACUGUGACAUGUAAUUGUCUUGGGUUACCUGGCAGCCAAGCAGAACAUCAAACCACAGCAGCUCUAGCAAUUGGAACACAAAUAUAGUAGCAUUCCAGACAUCGGGAACAGGGAGAAAGAGAGCUACGUCUCUCUCCCUGUCUCCUGCAGCAGGGGAGAAAGCUGCUGCAGUAGCCAUGGGCUCUACUUAAAACUGGAGCCAGAGAAGGACUUGGGAGUCCUAAUAUCCUUUGUACUGAAGGUGAGCUGAUUAAGUUUGUUAGAACUUGGUAGUUCUAUCUCCCAAUCCCUCCCACUGGGCUUCAGUCAGAGAUUCGCCCACACAGUCCCUUUCCUUCCCCUGAAACAUGGAGAGAAGCACCUACACCUGUGAAAAGCAGAGAGUCCCCAUGCUUAGGCAUCGAUGUGUGCAAUCCACAUCGCAAGUUGCAUGGUGGAAGGAAGAAGGCUCAUAAGCUUGAUCCUCCAUCAUGGCAGUGGGACCUGGGCUGGUGUCUGCUGUAGUUCUGCUCCCAUGUCUGGUGCCUCACAUUGCUUAAAAGGCAUUGGAGGAGGAAGAGAUGCACUUCAAUACUUUAUGGAAUUGCCAAAAAUGGCCUUACUCCACUGUAAGGGUUGUAUUUAGGUUACCACGGAGCAUUUGAGUGAAACUGUAGGACAUGUUAGAGGGUGUGGGGAGGGAAAAUGCAUUUGCGUGUUCGUGCAUGCAUGCAAUUAAACUUAAGCAUCCUACUGAAGUACUGUAGAUACUUCUUACAGUAUGAAUAGUGACAAUAAACAAUACCUUUUUAAGUGUCAGAAUGCAUAGUAUGGGGCCAUAGCAAAGAUGAGCCUGAAUAACUUGUUCUGCUCUAGCUCAAACCCUGAAGAUGAUGUGUUAUGGAUUCUAUAUUGCCUUGCUGUGAUACAGUAAAAUGCUUAUUCCAAGUGACUCUCUUCUUUAAACUGUUGUAUUCCACAAUGAAAGGCACUCACUGUAUUUACCAUUGUGUUAUUUCUUUUUAUAUGAAUGUAUUCUCUUGUGUUGAGAGUGUCUUGUAAGUGGCAAAAUUGAUUGUAAAAGCCAGUUAAACGUGCUGAUGGAAAGUAUUGUUAUAACAGAACUGCAUGCUAGCACACUUUUGACUGAGAUUUUAUUGUUUCAUUGCCCAUUGGUCACUUUCAGGGUUUGGGGGGGCGGGGCUUGCUGGUCGUUCUCCUUCACGUCAGAAUUAUGGUACAAUGUAGCCUGUGCAGGUGUUGGUGGAUGUAACCGGACUCAUUCAUAAAAAGUUAACACAACUUCUUGGUGUUUAAGGUAUUGAAAGUGGUCCUUGUCAUGCUCUUUGUAUUUUAUUUUUAAUAGAUGCAAUUUUUAGGAAUGUUUUAAUACAUUUAUGAUGGACAAUAUAGUUUUACUAGUUGUGCAGUAUUUCUGUAUUUACUUGAAGUAAAUCAUUUUAUAUGCAAUUUGUUAGUUAAUUACAGUUUUAUAAAUAAAAUUGAGUGACAUCUGGGACUAUUUGACUAUUACAGCCUUCACUCUCCAAUGCACAAAUUUGUUCUAGUCAAAGUGAAGCCAGUCGCUUGAACAACAAGAUCAGGCAAUAGUUGACUGAGAGAAAAUCAACCUCUGCUCAAACCAAAUGUUGCGGUAGUACACAUAAAAGGAACUUCUCAAUCACAAACUGAACAUAAACCAGUAGUGUGAUGCAGCAGAAAAAUUGGCAAUUGUAAUUUUAGGCUACAUUAAUAGAAGCAUGAUAUUUAAAUAAUAAAGUAACAAUUUCAUUCUAUUUGAUGCUAGUCAGGUGUUAUGUGGAGUAUGUUCUGGGUACCAUACUUCAAGAAGAAUAUAAAUCAGAAUGCAUUAGAGAAGGACAAUGAAGGAAAACCAGAGGUUUGGAAAAAGUUCUAUGAGGAAAAGUUGGAGAAACAGGAAAUAUUUCGAGAAGACUGAACAGAAACAAAUACUUGAAGGACUGUUGUAUAGAAGAGGGCACAGACUUGUUCCCCUGCUGCUACAGAAGGUAAGACUAGAUCUAAUGGGCUUAAAUCACAGGAAGAUAGACUAAAGUUAAACAUUAGGAGAAACUUCCUCAUGGUAAGAGCAGUCUGACAACUGAACCUAAUUGUUUAAGUGGGUGGUAGGCUUGCCCUCACUUGGAGGUCUUCAAGCAGAGGCUGGACAGCUGCUUGUCAGGAAUACAAUGAGAGGAACUGGGUGCUCCUUUGCAAAGGAAGGGCCUAGCAGGGGAGAGGUCAUGGCUAGAAAUGGGCACGAACAGCAAUACAAACAAAAAAAAAGCCACGAACAACCCAAUCUGCUGUUCAUGAGUAAGCUGUUCGUGAGGCCCCAUUCCCAGCAAACAUGUUUGUUCCAAGCCCUCUUUGCGGCAUUUGUCAGCCGUUCGUCAAGCCAGACAGUCUGGCGCCUUUCAAUCAAUUCUCCUGGCAACAUAGGCAUGGACUGUCUGAACUCCUUCUGGCUUUCCUUCUGGCUUGUAAUCCCCUCAAAGUAGCUUCCAGCAGACAGUCCAGUUUUUUCCACUGUGAAAAGAAAAUGACAUGAAAGGGGGGGACCCAUGGAUCAUGCCUUUCCCGGGAUGCAAUCUCUCUGAAACUUGGGGGGUCUUCAGAGGACAGUGAAGACUAUUUCC